GGAACCUUGCAGCUUAACUUCAAACUACCAUCCAGGCUAAUCUGUGCACCCCUUAAUCAUUAUUUCUUAUACUAUGGAGACCCAACAACGACAGGAUACUCAAUCGGAAUCUUACACCAUUGUACGCAUCAAGCGCAAACGAAACGAAGAACCAUUAGAUGCACUUGUUGUCGACCAGGGUCCGAGAAAGAAACGAUCUAAGGCUGGUUUGAAUGUGUUCCGGUUUGCUGAAACAGUAGAGGUGGAGGCUUGGGAAGAUGAACGCAAGAAGAAGGACCUCGAGGAACGCAUUACUGCCCUUGCACGCGAAAGUUCGAAAAAGAAACAGACGAUCCCCGAAACGUCAGUCAUUCCCGCGGAACCAAUACAACCUCCAGUCCGUCAGCCGCAAGUGGACCCAAGUCGAUCGUAUACUGUUAUUCCUAGUGAAUCCAAGGAUCUUUCAAAGCGACGAAUUCCCACUUCGCCUCCAAAGAUCUUGACAAGCAAAGACUACGAGCAACAGCGACAACCCUCUGUGACAAUUUAUGAAGCUAUUCCAUCCUCAACGUCGCUUGCAUCUGCCCCGUCCAUGAAUAUUGACCCAGAGGUCGAAAAGUUCUUGCCCUUACUGCAAGAGUAUCUUAAAGUCUCCGAUACUGUCCCGUCUUUUCCGCAAGAGGGUCCAUCUAGUUCUCAGCCCUCCAAAGAGGACGACUACGUCUGGGACGUCUUCUACUCCCACCCUGCAUCGUACAAGCAGUUAUUUGAUUCCUUAAACGUUGGGAUGGUGUCUGGACUUCCACAUUCCGCAAGCGGAUACAUUGAUUCAGAUACCGAUUCAGACAUGGGUGAGGAAGAUGAAGAUUCCAAUGCGGAAGACUCCUACAAGAACGAUUAUCCGGAGGACGAAAGCGACUGGGAUACGACGUCAAGCAAACAUACAGAUGACAGCGAUAUCUUCCACGAGCGUUCUGAUCAUGAAUCGCUGUUCCGAGCCGAAGAAGUGAACGACGAUUACCAAUGGCCAUAAUACAUCUAAUCCUCUUAAUAUGGCGCACUGUUAAUACAGCAGAUACUGGAGAGAACCGAUACAUUUGUCGUAAAUUUCGUACA